AUGACGAAAAUAACAGAUGCAGCAACGAGACAGGCAGUUCAAAGUGCCUAUGACGCCGUUAGAGCAACUGUUGUGAAAAGUCAAGAAAAAGAGUUACAACAGACCAAAACAGACCUAGUAAAUGCUUUCUUAAGAACGAAAAGUCAGGUAGGACAUUACGCUGCAGAUGGAACAUAUGUGCCAGCUGGUGGAACUUAUAUACCACAAAACCCUCCAAGAGAAGCACCUGCACCAGGACUACCUAACACAUUUACAUCGUCACAUGGACACAGACACAGGCAUGCACCAAAACCAACACAACAACCAACAGUUCAAAACCCUGCACAACAACCAACAGUUCAAAAUCCAGCACAACAACAACCACAAACAGAGCAAGGACAUAAAAGAAGUAGAGAACAAGGAAACCAAGAAUUCUUAAAAAUGCUUAAAGAAGAGUGUGGUUUCCCAGAUACUGUUGACUUUAGUGACAGAUAUAAAGAAGCUAUUGGAAAGUUCAAGGAUGGAAAUACUGACCCGAACCUAUUUAGCUUUAUGGCUCAGCACCAAAACGGAUAUAAUCUCAAACCUGGAAAAUACAAGCUCGCUAAGGGAUAUGAUUUAAUAGCAUAUCAUCCAAAUGACAUGGAUGAAUUUACUCCGAGAUAUUUGAUGUCAGAGCUAAAUGACAAUUCAACUUUCGUCAUGAAACGCGUAAAAAAUAGAGACGGAACGAAAGAACAAAAGCUUAUGAAUGCGGAUGACGUAGAUAGGGAAAUUGUUAAAAACGGUCUCGGAAUAUAUGAAAUGUCAGCAGAUGAGGUACAAGAAACUCCACAGGAAGAAAUAGUUCAGAUACAACCAGACAUGGAAGAAAUAGUUCAGCAACAACAGCUAGAAGAGCCUGAAGGAAACGAACAAGUCACUCCUUUGGAAACUAACUUCACAGAACUAGAUGAAGAUUUGGAACAGCCGAAAAAUCUUGACCCUCAACAAGAGUAUGCGGAGAAUAUGGAAUAUUUCCAAGA